AUUCACAUUACGUUUCACAACAGUAGCAAACUUGAAGUUAUGAAGUAGCUACAAAAAUCAUUUUGUGGUUGGGGGUCUCCACACUCUGAGGCCUGUAUUAAAGGAUAGCAGCAUUAGGACUGCAUUUUAAGGAAUCUACCAGCUCCUUGGUCUCCUCAGUAUGGCUGCUGCUCCACUGAUACACCCAGUCACUCUUAUCAGGGACACGCCUGGUUACUACAGGGAUGAGUACCACAGACUCUGGAUGGUUUUAUGCCUGGGAUUUACCUCUGACCAUCCAAUUCAUAAUACGUUUAUAGCGGCUGAUUCCGGAAGACAGGAGGACAGUGCCUGGAGCCGGUAUAACUGUCACGUUGUGGCGGGUGGAAGAAUGCUGCAAAAUACCCCUCUCGUACUACUUCCCAAGUGUGACAUGUCUCCCCAGGAUGUGGCAGAAAUAUUCAUAUUUUUCAUACAGUGGGACAGACUCAAGCUUCUGGAUAAUAGAGGAACAUGUCCGGAUUGGCGAGGUAGAGCAACUAGUCCUACAGAUGGAGGGCCAAGUCGGUCUCUAGUCUGGCAGUGCCUCCUGCUCGGCUCAGCUGUAAUCUUCAGAUGAUCUGCUUCUGUGAUCCUGGCUGUCUAUGUCCUGAGCCUUCUCCCUUCCUGGGUACAGCUUGGCUUUCUUAUCUUCCUUUGCCUCUUAUGCUGACCUUACAGAUCGUCCUUCUGAAGACCUUUUGUUCCUUUGAGUCCCUCCCCUGGGCUCCCAGUGCAGCAUGCCCCUCAGGUGACUCUGAUCUGGAGGUGCCUGUGGAGCAGGCAUGGAUGGGGACCCAACGCCCUGUGGAUCUCUGAGCUACCAAUGCUGGCUUGAAGUUGACCCGGUGCUGGGCAGAGGACUCUGUGCUCUGUGCUUGAAGGCACAAGGGGGAUGUGCACAGGGAGCAUCUGGUCACUUCUCCCACAUGCUCAGGACUUGGCUCCCAGAAGUGAUGCUGACCCUAACGCCUGCCCCAAACUUGUUUUUAACUAAUUAAACUUACUACUUUU